AUGCCGCAGUCCCCAAGCUCCAGACGCGGAGAGACGGAGCUCGUUGACGUUGACCCCAACCGGCCACCUGCUCCGGCGCCGGCCGCUCCUCCGCCGCCGCUGCCCGGAAUGGUCACCACGGCGAGGGAGGCGGACGCUUACUUCCUCUGGGAGCUGCGCAAGUACGUGCUGCUGCAGGCCAUGCUGGCGGCCAGCGUCACCUACUCGGCGGGCCUGAGUCCGCCGGGCGGAGUCUGGCCCGACAACGACAACGCCGGUGCACGCCUCGCCGGCGACCCGGUGCUCCAGGUCACUUAUGGCCGCCGCUACGGGAUCUUCUUCUACUUCAACGCCACCGCCUUCGUCGCCUCCAUCGUCACCAUCAACCUCCUCCUCAUGCAAUCCCUCAGCCGCCACCGCGGGUGGCUCCGCGCGCUCCAGGCCGCCAUGAUACUCAACCAGCUCGGCCUCAUGGGCGCCUACGCCGCGGGCAGCUGCAGGGAGCUGGCCAUGUCCGCGUACGUCGUCGCCCUCGUGGCCCUGGUCUCCUCCUAUGUCUGUGCCCACGUCCUGCUCUUCGUGCUGUGCGCCCUGAGGAGGCGCGGCGCCGGCGCAGACGACGCCAUGCCAGACGAAGAGCGUGGGACCGUGGAGCGCUCACGCAAGUACCUCCUCAUCUUCGCGACCCUUGUGGCGACUGUGACGUACCAGGCCGGGCUGAGCACGCCAGGCGGGUUCCUGUCGGACAGCCAGGACGGCGACCACCUCGCCGGGGACCCCAUGCUCCGCGGUCACCACCCGGACCGCUUCAUGGGGUUCUUCUACUUCAACACCACGGCGUUCGUGGCGUCUCUGGUGGUCAUCAUGCUGCUCAUGAGCCGGACCGUGACCCGUCACGGGUUCCGCUCGUGCGCCCUCUGGGUGUGCACGGGUGCAGCCUUGAUCGGCCUCACCGGUGCGUUCGCCGUGGGGAGCAGCAGAAGCGUCAAGACAUCCAUCUAUGUCGUUGCCCUGGUGGUUGCUGUUCUGUCGUACAUCGGCCUUCAGGUUCUGGUGUUCUUCUGCGAGCCUGUGAAGAACUGGGUUGACAGUGUCCAAGGCACGCUGCAAAGGUAUCUGAGACUGGACCAGAUCGAGCCACAGGAUCCCCGGGUUCGUGCAGUGCAUGAUCCACAUGAAACCGCCGAGGCCGACCAGCUUCUCCAGAAAUCCCGCAUGUACCUGCUUCUGCUAGGAAUCCUUGCGGCGAGCGUCACAUACCAAGCAGGGCUGAACCCACCGGGUGGCUUCUGGCAAGCAAAGGCUGCUGAUGGUGUGCAUCACUAUCUAGCCGGUGAUCCAGUUCUUCACAUCACAUAUCCACGGAGAUAUCUGGUUUUCUUCUACUGCAAUGCCACAGCCUUUGUCGCGUCAUUGGUUAUACUUAUCCUCCUCCUCAGCAACAUAUUCAGCACCCAAGGAAUCAAGUACUGUGCAUUGCAGGUCUCCAUGAUCAUGGACCUUCUUGGGCUGAUUGGUGCCUAUGCUGCUGGAAGUUGCAGGCAAGUGUCCAAAUCCGUGUAUGUCUCCGUGCUUGUCAUUCCAGUGUUCCUGUAUGUUGGCAUCCAUGUCAUGGUGUUCAUGUUAGAAGUCUUCCCAAAUAUUGCCAAAUGGAGGAAAAUUGUGAGGGACAGGCUGGAGGAAUCUGUGCCCAGAUGGCUCAAGAAGUUGUUUGAGCUGCCGCCAGAGGAAGAUGAGAACAUGAAGUGGAAACUGGAGAAGAGGCGCAAGCUUCUGCUGCUCCUUGCCAUUCUUGCAGCAAGCCUAACCUACCAGGCAGGCUUGAGUCCACCUGGCGGCUUCUGGCAAGAGAAUAAGACAGGCCAUGUCGUCGGCAACCCAGUGCUCAAUGACAACUACCGACGUCGUUACAUGGCUUUCUUUUACUGCAAUGCAACUGCCUUUGUCUCAUCUCUAGCCAUCAUCAUGCUGUUGGUGAACAGAAAGCUUUCGUCGAGAGGAAUACAGUCGCACGCGCUCAGCGUGUGCGUAGUCCUUGACCUGGUUGGGCUCAUGGGUGCAUUCGCUGCUGGGAGCUCAAGGAAGGUAUCCACAUCCAUAUAUGUCCUCGUCCUGGUCUUUGCAGUUCUAGUCUACAUCACGCUCCAAGUUGUUCUGGUUAUGUCCGAGUCGGUUGAGGGUCUCUUGCAGAGACUCCUGUCCUUCUUUGACAUAACAGAGGGAGAAGCUGGUUUCAUAUUGCCGCAUACAGCAGUCAACAAUGGAGGGCCACGAGAUCUCUGGCAUGAAAAGUUGCCCAAAUACUUGUUGCUCCUCGCAGCACUUGCAGCUACUGUCACCUACGAAGCUGCCAUGAACCCACCCGGUGGCCUCUGGGAUGAUGGCCAAACUGGUCACGUAGCCAGUGACCCGGUCCUUCGGAGCAGCUAUCCAAAUCGUUACAAGGCUUUCUUCUACUGCAAUGCAACUUCUUUCAUGGCGUCUCUUGUGAUUAUGGUCUUACUUCUGAUCAAGCGAGUAUGCAGAGAAAAGCAGGCCAUCUUGGCGUUGCACACCGCCAUGAUACUGAACUUGUUUGGCCUCAUGGGUGCGUAUGCUGCUGGAAGCUGCAGGAGACUGAGGACCUCUGCUUACAUCCUCGCAUUAGUGAUAGGAGUGUCUGUGUACAUUGUUGUUCUUGUCAUAGUGUCCAUAGGUAUCGCGAAACGGCUGAAAGGAGUAAUGGAUGAGCUAGUGGAACAAGUGAUCUGGUGCUUCUCUGUAGAAGAUUUGUAA